UGGCGCAGGCGCGCGCAGGCGCAGUGGCGGUGGGCGCAGGCCUCGCCUGUCUCCGUCGGCGCGCGAGGCGGGCUCCGUUCUCUCUCUCUCUCGGAGGAGCGGUUAAACAAGAAUUCAAUAUCUCUACAGUAUCUCUAUAAAGCAAGGCCGGAGCGCGCGCACAGAAGGAAAGGCCCAAAGGUUGGGAGAGGGAUGGCGGCCUUGAAUGCGCGGGGGCGCGCGCGACGCCUCCUCCUCCUCCGCCGCCGCCGCCAGAGGAGCAUGAGGGGCCGCCGGGCGUGAGGAGAGGGCCGCAGCGAGCCAUGGUGCCGGGCGGCCAGGGCUAUGGGAGCUGCGACGCCGCCGGAGAGGACGGGGCGAGGCUGUGCCCCCUUCUCUUCCUGCUGCUCGCCCUCCUCUUGUCUCCGGCGGCGGCAGCAGCAGCAGCAGCAGCAGCGGAGAGCCCGAGGGCCCCCCUGGAGGCGCCCCUGCUCCCCGCCGCCCCUGGGCCCGGCCUCAGCCUCUACAUGAGCCAAGAGGAGGUGCGGCGCCUCAUCGGUAUUGAUGCUGAACUUUAUUAUGUGAGGAAUGAUAUGAUAAAUCAUUACGCUUUGUCCUUUAAUCUACUAGUACCUGUAGAGACAAACAGCCUCCAUUUCAGUUGGCAUGCUAAGGCAAAGAUUGAAUAUAAACUGGGGUUUCAGGUUGAUAAUCUUUUGGCUAUGGAUUUGCCACAAGCAAAUAUUUCUGACCAAGGGGAAGUCCCUCGCAUUCUAUCUGUGUUUCGGGUGGAACUCUCUUGCACUGGCAAACUAGACUCUGAGGUUACAGUACUAAUGCAACUCAACAUGACAGUAAAUGCUUCCAAAAAUAUCACAGUCUUAAAUUUCAAACGAAGGAAAAUGUGCUAUAAAAAACUUGAACAAGAAUUAAAAACUCCAGUAUUGGACAAAAAUAGCAGCAAAGCUAUAUUUGACCCUGUAAAUGCAGCUCCCACCACUUCUACACGUGUGUUUUACAUCAGUGUUGGCGUGUGCUGUGCAGUCAUUUUCCUGGUAGCAAUAAUACUAGCAGUCUUGCAUCUUCAUAGUAUGAAAAGGAUAGAAUUGGAAGACAGCAUUAGUGACAGCAGUAGUUCACAAGGCUUAUCCCAACCUUCAACUCAAACAACACAAUACUUGAGGGCUGACACACCUAACAAUGCAACACCCAUUACCAGCUCCUCAGGUUAUCCUACUUUACGAAUAGAGAAGAAUGACCUUAAAAGUGUAACCCUGAUGGAAGCAAAGGCUAAAGUGAAAGACAUAGCAAUCUCAAGAGAGAGGAUAACACUAAAAGAUGUUCUCCAAGAAGGCACAUUUGGACGAAUUUUCCAUGGAAUACUAAUAGAAGAGAAAGAUCCUAGUAAAGAAAAGCAAAUGUUUGUCAAAACAGUAAAAGAUCAAGCUUCAGAAGUUCAGGUGACCAUGAUGCUCACAGAAAGCUGUAAACUUAGAGGUCUUCAUCACAGAAAUCUUCUCCCUAUCACUCAUGUUUGCAUAGAGGAAGGAGAAAAACCUAUGGUGUUGUUGCCUUAUAUGAAUUGGGGGAAUCUCAAACUGUUCUUGCGGCAGUGCAAAUUAGUAGAAGCAAAUAAUCCUCAGGCAAUUUCACAACAAGAUCUUGUACAUAUGGCUAUUCAGAUUGCUUGUGGAAUGAGCUACUUGGCCCGAAGAGAGGUCAUUCAUAAAGACCUGGCUGCUAGAAAUUGUGUCAUUGAUGAUGCACUUCAGGUAAAGAUUACAGACAAUGCCUUGUCCAGAGAUCUCUUCCCCAUGGAUUAUCAUUGCCUUGGAGACAACGAAAACAGACCAGUGCGGUGGAUGGCUCUUGAAAGCUUAGUUAACAAUGAAUUUUCUGGUGCUAGUGAUGUGUGGUCUUUUGGAGUGACCUUAUGGGAAUUGAUGACUUUGGGACAAACACCAUAUGUAGAUAUUGACCCCUUUGAAAUGGCUGCCUAUCUGAAAGAUGGAUACAGAAUUGCUCAACCUAUCAACUGCCCUGAUGAAUUAUUUGCUGUGAUGGCUUGUUGUUGGGCGCUGGAUCCUGAGGAGAGACCAAAAUUCCAACAGCUGGUGCAGUGCCUCACUGAAUUCCAUGCAGCAUUGGGAGCCUAUGUUUGACACCAGGCACACACAAUCUACUCAGAAAGGGACACUGUUUUUACAUUACAGUGGAAUGUGUCAUUUGUGUCUAUUUAUAAACACCAUACCCUCUGUCUAAAAUGCUUUACCGAACAAAAGUCCCACUGAUUUCAGUGGAAUUAUCCACAUAAUGUGUUUAGGAUCAGGGAACCAGCAUGUAAACAUUUAGAAGAAGAUCUUCCCAAAUCACUGUGCCUUAAAAUAGUCUGGCUUUUUUUUAAGAUUAGGUUUUAUUCUACAUGCCACAUACAUGGAAAACAAGACUUGCACUUCACAAAUAAUUCCUGAAAUGUAGUUACAAUGGCUUGUAACAUGAGUUAAGUGGAUUCUGGCACUGUUUUAAAAAGAGCACAUUUCAGAGGUGUUUUGACUGACAAAUAUGGGGGUGCUUCUGUUUUUGCUUUGGGUUUUAAAAAAACUAGUUCCAGCCUGAUGUGUAGUGCUUUGAGAGUUGGUCUUCGACUCUAGAGACCAUGGUUCAAAUCCUCACUCAGGUAAGGAAACUCACUGGGUGACCUUGGGCAUAUCACAUUGUCUCAGCAUCAGAGAAGGACAAAAACAAACCUCCUCUGAGCAAACCUUGCCAAGAGAACCCUAUGAUAGGGUGGGCAUAAGUCAAGUUGGAAAUGACUUGUAGGCACCCAACAGCAACAAGAAAAAAUAGCAAAAGACAUUCCCCUUUCUCUCCAAUCCUAAAACACUUGUAUGUGGAAACAUCAGAAUAUCUAAGAUGAUUUGACUGGUUGCAGUGUUCACAAUUGUAGCUGAAAUAGCCCUUUUUAUCUGUUGCCUUCCUUUAAGAUGACAGCACAAUAUGGUAGAAACCACACGUGGCCUUUUGCUGUGUUUUAAUAUCAUGUUUCAGUGGCAAUUCCUGUGGUGGAAAAACUCGACUACAAGUUGCAUUAUCUCCCUUCUUAGACAAAAUGCAAUCAUGUGAAACUAAUUCCAAGUAAUCUGAGAGAGAAUGAAAUGGAACCUCAUGCUAAAUGGAUAAUUACAGACAGGAUGUUCCAAGUGCUAGAACUUCAGAGAAGCACCAAAGCAGCCUUGUGUUAGGAGACUUUCACCUCAGACUGUAGAAUGAAGUUUUUCUUGUUAAAGAGGUACGGUUUAUGUGUUAAGGAUUUUUUAUGACCUGAAAAGGAAUAAAAUAUAUAAAUAUAUAUUUGUAAAGAUGCAUUUGAAGACUAAAAAUACAUGUGUAUUCUGAGUUAAUGAGAAACCAACCCUGAUAUUCUGAUGAUGUGUCAAGUUUAAAUUGUAGUUCUGUAUUUAACUCACAUUGUGGUGAAUAUGAAGCCAUUUCAUCAACUUUUUGAAGUCUUCCCCAACAAUGACAAUGAUGACCUCUCUAAAAUUGUGUUGAUCUGUCAUACCAACAAUGUUUAAAGUGUGGUGAUUGCAGAUUUGAGAAACUGCAGAUCAUUUCCAUUUUAGGUUUCUGCCCUGCUCAUGCAUCUGAAAGGUUUAUUUUGAGUGAUUCAAGCACAAUUGCCAGAUAAUUUCCCAGGGUUGUAGAAAAAUCUCUGCUAUCACUAGAAACUUAAUGUCACUUGAAUAAGUCUGCCCAAACAACUCAGCCUAUUGUACCACUGCAUAUCGGAAAUAUUUUGAGGAUCUAACCUACGCCUAGUGCUGUCUUCUGUUCUGCCUUCCCAGGAUCUGUCCUUUGUGAUAAAUGCCUUGCAUUUUACUUGGA